AUGGGUGAAGAAGGAGAUACACAAUCCCAACCGGCAACAAUAUGGCAUGGAGCGAGCUUAAGGGACAGUUUCUUGACGGUUGUUCAGAACGCUGGAUCUCAAGAAAUGCGAAAUGGAUUUGUGGAGGAUUUCAGAACAGCGUUGGAUAUGCUGGCACAAGCUGCACCUGCUACUAGUAUAUCAUCGAUUGAAGCGGAAGGCAGAAAUGAUCGUGCAGACACAGUGAUCGUUGUGGAUGAAGAUAGUGCGUCAAGUACUUCUUCGGGUUCUGGUACUAGGCAUAGGCUUACUCCAAAUGUUAACGCAAAUUUCUUUGGAAGAUCGAUAAUUGAUGGAACCGAUAAUAGUGACGAAUAUUCCUCAACGAAUGAUGGCAGUACAAGUACGAAUUUUCACAGGGAAUUGAGUCGUUUAAGAGCACUUGCUCAGAGUGCUGAAUUCCAACGAUUUUGGGUACUGCUGCUCAAUGUUUUACCCUUCUUCAUCAUUAUAUUUUUCAAAGCUAUUGUUGAUGGGUUCUUUUCACUGCUAAGCCUUUUGACAGCAUUUUUCCUUUUUCAUAUUGCGAACAGCACUUUUAUGGCUUCUCGAAGGGAAAAGCGCUACUUUCAUCUUUUGCAGUCAUUCACAUCUUCAGUUUUCUUUUUCAAUUUCCAUUCGCUUUUUUACGGACUGGAUUCUAUUUAUAUACCAAUGGCUUUUAUGUCUCGCCUGGCGAAUCCGAUUACUUUUUUUGCCACAUUACAUGUUGUACUGGUCGUUGAUUUUGCUGUUAAAAUCAUCACGGUCGUAGUGAAAGCUGGGCUCACUAUCUUGCCGACGAAAUUCAUUGGGAACAGACGUUUACGUCGACUUUUCCAAUGGAUUGAAUAUACUAGCCAGUUCUAUCGUUAUAUAUUGCCAAUACCUCAGUGGACUCGCUAUCUUAGUUAUUCGCUUUUUUCCACUCCACUGACAUAUUUCGGUGAUCAUUUCUUCGCCGUGCUGUAUGUAAUUUAUAAGGCAUGUUUAAUGCAAAUAAUUGGUAAACGUUGGUUUGAAAGUACACGUCGUAUUUUUCGCCUUACAUCUGUUGGUUCGAAAGUUUCAGUAGGUGAAGAAGAUUCUGCUCAGUGUACAAUUUGCUUCAAUGAUUUUUGCAAUCCCAUUAAGCUUUCAUGUGGACAUAUUUUCUGUGAAGAAUGUAUCGGCACCUGGCUGGAUAACGAACAUACCUGUCCAAUGUGCCGAGCAACAGUUGCACAGGAAGAUAAUAUGUGGAAAAAUGGAGAUACAACAUAUUCUCCUCAGUUGUGUUAA